UUGGGGUUCGCCGAGCUGCAGAGCGAGACCUCCUCCUGCAGCGAGGAGAGCCAAACCAUCAGCAUCUCCUCAGGUUAAACAUCUCAGCUCUCAGGCCUCUCAGGUGAAACACCACGUGGUCAGAAGUUCGAGAGUUUAGUCAUUUCCGGGAAACUUGAAGUCUCGUUAGCUUCCUGGUGGCUAAGCUAAGCAGCACAACGAGGUUUGGUGAUGUCUGACUGCAGCAGGCUCAUGACGUCCGCUGAGAGCCCGGCGGUCGGAGUUGGACCUGCAGGGAAAGCGGUGCCGUCCUGGAGCGUCGCGAGCGGGAUGGACCAGAUCACAGUGGUGAGGAUCGACGACACACACAUCGAGGAGCAGUCUCAUGACGGGGGGAAGGGGAAAGCUGCGGCGGCGGCGUGCUACGAGAUGGAGUACUCUGUGCCCGCUGAGGAAGAGGAGGAGGAGGAGGUUGGAGAGGAAGAGGAGGACGGCGUCUACGUCAUCGAGUAUUCGAACCCCGAAGAGGAAGGAGAGAGCUACCAGUUCACCAUGUCCGUGGACCGAUCGCUGCCGGACAAAAAGACGACGCUCAAACAUCCAACGGUGAGCGAGAACGCCAGAACCCCUUCACCCGCCAAACCGUCCCAGAGGCCGAGGCAGAAGAGGAAGCUGGCAGCGGUGGUGGAGGAGGACGAGGAGGAGGAGGAGGAGGUGAGGAAGAAGCAGCAGCAGCAUCUCUUGAGCAACAAGUGCGUUCUGGAGCUCGGGGAGGACUACCGGGACGCCAUGGGGAUGAACUCGGGCUCGGACAGAGGUCAGCUGGUCUGCACGCUGUGUCCGCCACCGGGACGCUCCUUCAAGAGGGCGUCCGGUUUGGCCGUCCACCUGAAACACAUGCACCUCCUGGAGUCGAACAAGACGUUCUUCUGCACCUCCUGCCAGCAGACGGUCCGCACGCAGAUCGAGCUGGACGCCCACACCAGGAGGCACGCCAACCAGAGCGCCGUGUUCACCUGCCUGCUCUGCCCCAAAGACGAGACGGGAGACCAAGUGGGGACCGCAGACCUUAAGGGGACGUCGGGGUACAAAGGGUCGAAGCGGGGUCUGAGGAACCAUCUGGAGCAGGAGCACCCGGGCGUCGUCCCUCGCUGCGACAUCUGCAACAAGGGCUUCCAGUCGCUGGCGUCGUACCUGGCCGAUCAGUUCCGGCACGUCGGACGGUCGCCGUACUUCUGCACCCGGUGUCAGAUCUACGAGAUGACGAAGAGAGGGCUGACCGUCCACAUCCGGAACCACGACAAGAGGAAGAAGCAGCAGCAGCAGCAGCAGCAGCAGCAGGAGUCGGGUGGAAACCAGACGCAGACGUUUGGAGUCGCCGACAUCGCCGACAACUCCGCCACAGACGACUCCGACUUCUGACAUAUUUUCCUUUUCAGAAUAAAAGCAGCUCAACCUUCUUUUUCUCAGACUUCUCUGACAUUUAUGCAUCUUCGGCUGCUCUGAACUGAACUUUUUAUUUCAGAAUUUUUCCUCAAGUUGUUUUGAAUUUGUACAGUCUGUUGCAGUCUUGUAGCUUAAGAAUCAUGAGAGGAAGAAACACAGUUUUCAUAACCCUAACCUGGGUCUUUUUUUAGCUUAAUUUAAAGGAAUAGUUUGACAUUAAAUCUCUUUCUUUCUGAGAGUCAGAUGAGAAAAUCAGCACCACUCUCAGAUAAUUACUUAAUCAAUUAUCUUGGGGAUAAAUUGUCUUAAAAAAAAUGCCUAUGUUUAGUUUUUUUCCAAUCAAAGAUAUUCAAGUUUAUAAUGAUAUUAAACAGAAAAAUUUAAGCUGAAACCAGAGGAUCUUUUGGUGUUUUUUUGGUUGACUGAAAAUAAGGCUUAUUUCUUUAAAAUUCUCUGUUUAAAAAAAAACCAACCCAGGUUGUAAAAGACGUCAGUGUUGACGCUGUAUUUUGUACUUCUUCGUUGGUGUUUGAGUCGAUGCAUGCGUGUGUAAAUAUUCUGUAUAACUCAUGAGUUCAUCCAGCCGCAGUAGAAGAGACUAAAUCAUGUAAAGUCAGCAGCUGGCUAAGAGUCUGCAAAUGUUUUAUUUUGAAAUACUUCCUGUCCACUUCCUUUCUCCCAUUCCUGACUGAACAGGUUUCUUUGAAUAGAAGGGAAAGAAAAUGAUCUCAGUAUGAAUAUUAUUAACUUUUACCAGCCUCCAUGAAGUGUUUGAAGUAAUCUGCAGGUGGUGGACGCCAAAGUAGCUCCUUUAAAUGGCAACGCCAGAGUUUGUUUUACAGUAAAUGUGUUUACUGCUGUCUCACUGAGUUCUUUUUAUUUUUAAUGUGUUUAAGGCAGUGCAUCAUUUCAGUAUGGUGCAUUCAGGUGCUCUGAGGAAGCUCUGAAAUCUGAGGCCUCACAGUCUCAGAUGUUCAAUGCAAAACUCUUUUUUUCUACAUUGAUUUUUGUGUUUUUUGUGUUCUGGGGUUUAUUUUUUAACACUUUUUUUGCAGUCAGAUAUCAGAUGUUUCAAGCUAUUUUUUAUUGGUGCUGAACUUUAAGGGACACAAAGACGACUUCAAAUUUAAAAAAUAAGCCCAAAAUGUUCAUUGUGAUGAUUUAAAUAUCAAAAAACAGCGGCAACCUUUAUGUGAUUUGUAAUAGAUUGGAUAGAAAAUAAAAAAAACAUUGUGA